AUGUCUUUCUCACGAAUUAUAUACAGAUCAGUUGCAUCCAGGCUUGCGCCUAACAGCUAUACAUUCACAUCACAUAUUCCUCGCUUCUCCAAGAGAUCACCACCUAGCCGGCUAGUUCUACCAGGAACUUCAUCUAUGAUGGGCUUUCUGUCCUCAUUUUUCAGCAGUUCUAGUUCCAGUGCAAAUUCAGAGAACAUGGCAGGCUACCCUGACAAAAAGACAGAUGCCGAGUGGCGAGCGGUUCUCUCACCACAGCAAUUUCACGUUCUUCGCCAGAAAGGAACCGAACGCGCCUUCACCGGAGAAUACGACAAACAUAUGCCCGAGUCCGGUGUCUAUGAAUGUGCCGGUUGUUCCGCACCACUAUACAAAGCCACUCAUAAAUUCAAAUCAGGAUGUGGAUGGCCGGCAUACUUCGACUGCAUCCCUGGUGCGGUCAAACGUCUUGAUGACAGAUCCUUUGGCAUUACCCGGACGGAGAUCGUGUGCUCGAAUUGCGGAGGCCAUCUGGGUCAUGUUUUCAAGGGUGAAGGGUUUGAUACACCAACCGACGAGAGACACUGUGUGAACAGUAUUAGCCUGAAGUUUAGCGAGGAUGAAGAGGCCGCGAAAGCCCCUAAGGAGAACAUAUAA